UUUAGGGGAAAAUUUGACACAACGCAUGUGUUUUUGACGUUUACAAAAUUUGUUUUUUCUUUUUAAUAAGAAUUUAUGGAAUUUAAAUGCCGCUUACACCGUUUACAAAAAGAAAAAUCAAAUUCGUCGGGUUUCUUUCUAUGAGCUCAUUAGCAAUUUGGGUAUCUUUACAAGUGAAAAAAACGCGUGAAAUACUUAACGGUGCUUUCGACCCAUUCAUUUUACAUAUAAUCGAGCCGAAAGGUGUCGAUGAAAACGUUUACGCAAUAACGAUUGAUGCGGCUCGUUGGAUUAAAGUACCCAAUUCCGAAGAAUCAUUCCUUAUUAAGCAAUGGAAGGCGUUAAAAUUUGCUUACGCCCGGCGUUUACUUAGCCUAACAAAAGCCGAUAGUCAUGUAAUUCGAACAAAAGCCACUUUACAAUUAGCUAAAAUAAAAGAUUUGGAAUCAUGGCAAUACGCGCAAUUAGCGCAUUCAUCAAACGCACGAACUGCAAUUGCUUUGGCCCGUUUACCAGAUGCUGAUUUGCGGUAUCAAAUACAACCGUUGGUUUCACCAAAUCGGAUCUCAACAGAGUAUUUAGUGAAUGUUUUGCGAGAUUUUUUGGUGUAUUUGGAAAGGCAGAGUGCUCAUCAUUGUAUUAGUAAUUUCUUGUCAAGUUCGUUUAGUGAUUUACACGAUUUAACUAAAACGGAAUUUGAAAAUUAUUUUGAUCACACUGAUCAUAUUGCUAAAUAUAUGAGAUCAACAGCGGAUAUCCUUCCUUUAUGUUUAGAAUCGAUUUUGCAUCAUUCUACAAUAAAUAAACAUGCGAGAGAUAUUGCUGAAUAUAAUGGGUUAUAUUUGUUGUUGGAGGUUUAUAACCGGUUUCAACAUGUUUAUGAGAUGAAUGUGGGGUUGUGUACUAUUAUAUCAAAUUUAUCUAUUUUUCCUGAAUUAGCUGAUGAAUUUCAUAAAAUUGGCUGGAUUUCUAUUCUUGCAAAAUGGGCCCAAGAUAAAGAUAUUCGUUUAUCAGUGACUGCAAGUAGAGCUUUGGCUAAUUUAGAUGCUGAUGAUAAAAAUCGGGUUAUUUAUCAGCGAGGUGUUUAUAGUUUGUAUCCGACCAUGAGGAGCAAUGAACAGGCUAAAGUAGAUGUUAUUUUUAUUCAUGGGUUGUUGGGUGGUGUGUUUUACACAUGGAGGCAAAGGAAUCAAGCGGAUCAAACUUUAGGAAUAUUUGGUCUUUUAGAAUCGUUAACCGGUGAACCGGAAAUUUAUUCUCUUCGAAAAUACUAUUCAAGCGACGAAGUUAUGCAAGAAUACUUUGAACGUUACGAAGACCAAUCCCGAUUAGAUUGGGAAGCCUUGGGUUCCGAUUACGAAGUCAUCUCGCGCGAUAUCCCAACAAACGCCAACGUUGAAGAGGAGGAAGCCUACUGUUGUAGCUCGUACGACAAACUAUGCGAUAACACCCGAAAAGUAGAAGCUAGGACGCAGUGUUGGCCGAAAGAUUGGUUAACAACCGAUUGUCAAAAUUUACGUAUUUUAGGAAUCAAUUAUGAUACAUCUUUAUCGAAAUGGGCGGGAACUUGUCCCGAGGAAAGUUGUAAGUUGUCGUUGGAUGAACGAACGGAGGAUUUGAUGGAGAAAUUAUUGCAAGCUGGAGUGGGAAAAAGACCGAUUGUUUGGGUGGCGCAUUCUAUGGGGGGGUUAUUAGUGAAAAAUUUAUUGAUUAAAGCUGAAACAGAAGGUGACGAAAACUACAUGAACAUUUUAAACAACACAAAAGGAAUCGUCUUUUAUAGUACACCACACAAAGGAUCUAAAAUAGCUAAUCUGAACCCACCGACUUGUUUAGUCGUUUUACCAUCCGUUGAGGUUCAAGAAUUACGCGAAGAGUCUCCAAAUUUAAAAUCAAUGCACGAAGCAUUUUUGGAACUCCUCCAAAAGUACUCAAUGCGCAUAAUAAGUUUCAUAGAGACCAAAUCAACAGUUGUAACAGCACUUAAAUUUAAUUUCCGGAUGGUUGAAAGUGCGUCUGGUAAUCCGGGAGUGGGAGAAGUUUUUGAAGUCCCUCUCGAUCAUUUAGGAAUUUGUAAACCCAUUAACAGAGAAUCAUUUUUGUACCAAAAAGUUUUACAUUUAGUGAAAACGGUGAUGAUGGAGGAGAACAAAGAGGAUGAGAACGUUUUAAUUAUUGAUUGUCCAAAUGAAUGUGAUGGUUAAAUUUAUUUAUUUAUUUAGUGUAUAAUUUUACCAA